AUGUCUCCUCAAAUCGUCCUCAUCCGGCACGCCGAAGCCCUCCACAACAACUACUCCAUCCCCGACCCUCCUCUUACCGACCUCGGCAUCGAGCAGUGCGCCGCCCUGCGCGCCAACCUCAAGGAGCGCUUCGAAUCCGCCCCCGGCUCCGUCGCCGUCAUCGUCAGCCCUAUGCUGCGCACCUUGCAGACAGCCACUCUCGCCCUCGACUGGCUUAUCCGGCGGGGCGUCGUCUUUGAGGCCAGUGCCGAUUGGCAAGAAAACUCAACAAAGCCGUGCGACACAGGCUCCCCCGCCGCCUCCGUCUCGCCCUCCUUCCCCCACGUCGACUUCAGCCGCCUCGACCCCGUCUGGCCCGACAAGACGUCCCCUGACUCCCGCCGCUACGCCCACUCGCGCGCCGCCAUCCUCGCCCGCGGCGCCGACGCCCUCGACGCUCUCCACCACCGGCCCGAGGACCUCAUCUUCGUCGUCUCCCACUCAGGCUUUCUACGCUCCGGCGUCGUGGGCUGGUGGUUCUUCAACGCCGACUAUCGCAUCUUUCGCUUCGGCGAGGCGACGUCGGCCGCCGACGAGGCCAGCAAGGGCGCCGGCGAUCCUCAGCAGGCGAUGACGACGAGACAGGUGUUGUGUCAGGAUGAGACUACGCUCGCAGGCGGCCUAGGCUUGUCGCACGCGUUUCCGGUCGAGCUAGGUUCCGAGCUGCCGGGGGAGGACGAGGUUCCUGAGGAGGACUUGGUCAUCUAG